AUGGUCAUACUGUUCAAAUUUUUGUCAAAUCAGGCCGCACGCAAGCUCAGUUUUCACUUUAUAAAAGGUAUUCAUUGUAAAAAAAAAUGGCUUCGAUGAGCUUAUUGAAUCCCAAGGCCGAGAUUGCGCGUGCCGCCCAGGCUCUGGCCAUCAACAUAAGCGCCGCCAAGGGUCUGCAGGAUGUGAUGCGUACCAAUCUGGGGCCGAAAGGAACAGUGAAAAUGCUGGUCUCUGGCGCCGGCGACAUUAAGAUCACCAAGGACGGCAAUGUCCUGCUUCAUGAGAUGCAAAUUCAGCAUCCAACUGCAUCGAUGAUUGCCAGGGCCAGCACCGCCCAGGACGAUUCCACUGGCGAUGGCACCACAACUACGGUGAUUCUUAUUGGAGAGCUGCUUAAGCAGGCUGACAUAUACUUGUCGGAGGGCUUGCAUCCACGCAUCAUGGCCGCUGGCUUUGGCAAGGCCCGCGAAAAGACGCUCGAGGUACUCGAGAAUUGCAAAGUUCCGGUGGAAAUCAACAAGAAGAAUCUGAUGGAGGUGGCCAACACCAGUCUGAAGACCAAGGUGCAUCCCGUUCUGGCCGAUCUACUUACCGAGGUGUGUGUGGACGCCAUACUGACCAUUGCCAAUGGGACCCUGAAGCCCGUUGAUCUGCACAUGGUCGAGCUGAUGGAAAUGCAGCACAAGACCGCCACGGACACGCAGCUGGUGCGUGGUUUGGUCAUGGACCAUGGCGGCCGCCAUCCGGAGAUGCCCAAGCGUUUGGAAAAAUGCUACAUACUCACGGCCAAUGUCUCGCUGGAGUACGAGAAGGCUGAAGUCAAUUCUGGCUUCUUCUACAAGACAGCCGAGGAGCGCGAGGCCUUCGUCCGGGCUGAGCGUGAUUUCAUCGAUCAGCGUGUAAAGAAGGUGAUCGAUCUGAAGCGUUCGCUGUGCGACGGCACAGACAAGACUUUCGUGCUGAUCAACCAGAAGGGAAUAGAUCCCCUUUCCCUGGAUGCCCUCGCCAAGGAGGGCAUACUGGCUCUGCGUCGCGCCAAGCGUCGCAACAUGGAGCGUUUGGCUUUGGCUUGCGGCGGGACCGCCUUGAACACCUUUGAGGAUCUGCAAGAGGAGCAUCUCGGCUAUGCAGGAGUCGUGUACGAGCAUGUUCUGGGCGAGAACAAAUACACCUUUGUGGAGGACUGCAAGCAUCCGCUUUCGGUCACCAUUCUGAUCAAGGGCCCCAACAAGUACACCAUACUCCAGAUCAAGGAUGCCAUUCGCGACGGUCUGCGCGCCAUCAACAAUACAAUUAGCGACAAGGCUCUGAUCCCUGGAGCUGGCGCCUUCGAGGUGCGUGCCUACAACGAGCUGUUGGUCUACAAGGACACCAUCAAGGGCAAGGCCCGCCUGGCAGUUCAGGCCUUUGCUGAUGCCCUGCUGGUGGUACCCAAAACUCUGGCCAUCAACAGCGGCUACGAUGCUCAGGACACCAUUGUGAAGCUCGUCACCGAGGAUCGCUCGACCCCCGAUCUAGUUGGGCUCGAUUUGGCCACCGGUGAGCCUAUGAAGCCCGCCGAUAUGGGUAUCUACGACAACUACAUUGUCAAGAAACAGAUCAUCAACUCGUGCUCAAUCAUAGCCGGCAAUCUGCUGCUCGUCGACGAGGUAAUGCGUGCUGGCUUGACCAGCCUCAAGGGUUAGGACUCCCAAAAUAUAUAUCUUAUCCUUAAUACAACUAAUGUUCACUUAAUACAAACCUAACCUAUUGGGUUUAAAAAUAAAAGCUAUGCUUCAAGCCCACUCUGUUAAGAGA